AUGGCCAACCAAAGGCUUGAUCCUAAAGGGCUUGAUCCUGACGGUGUCCGGCAGGUGAACGAGUUCCUAGAUGCGGCUGGCCCAGGGGCUGUUGAGGUAAUGCUCAAAGCCGCACAAAGCGUCAAGACGAAUCGUGCCGAGAGCAAAGCAGCAAAACAGAAUGAAAAAAAGAAGCACCGAGUGGAGGAAAAGGCAACACUGCUGAACAUCCCCAUGAAUGCGUCGAUGACCGUUGCUUACCCUGUCAUACGAAGACCAACUCAUCCGACAAGACCAAAGCAUCCGGCAAACCAAAAUCACCUCAUAGGGCCAAAGCAUCCAGCAAGAAUUAUCACGUUCUGGGCUGCUAUGGGGAAUAACGUGGAAAGGCAGAAAGUUGACGGCGUAUGGGUUGAAUUAGCUGAACUCGCCACUCCUAUGAUUAAUGUUCGCCGUUUGAGAUUCUAG